AUGGAAAAGUACAACUAUCCAGGACUGCUUGCGCGGAACACGGGGUCUCCAGGAGCUCUGAAUUUCCUCCUUUCAAAAUACAAGGAAUGCCGCCAGGAGCAUGUCCAAUGUGGACUUCGAGACCUUCCCAACCCUUUCUAUCCGUCUAGAAUUAUUGAUGUAGGAGAAAUGGACGAUGAGAAUGUCUGCCUCCGCACUACGGAUACCUUCGAUGACGAAGGCCCGUACUUCUGCCUUUCCCAUUGCUGGGGAGAAAUGCAACCUUAUGUUCUCACGAAAGAAACGGAGCCGAUGCUACGAAGAGGGCUUCCCGUUGGGACCCUGCCAAAAACAUUCCGGGAUGCCAUUGUUGUUACGCGCAAGUCACAAGUGCGAUAUUUGUGGAUUGACUCUCUGUGUAUAUUCCAAGACGACGUAGACGACUGGUCCACCGAAGCGAGCCAUAUGAGGGAUGUAUAUGGUCAAGCAGCAUGCACUAUUGCUGCGACGGCAGCCAAGAACAGCGACGAAGGGUUAUUCUUCGAGCGCACUCCGGAGCUACUGGGGCCUCGCGAAAUACGUGCAACAUGGACUCCAACUGUAGCAGGUCUCUUCUGGUGCGAUCGAGAGACAAUAUGGACCGAUGGAGUUGAGCGGGCUCCAUUAAGCUCAAGAGCAUGGGUUGCCCAGGAGCGGCAUCUAUCAUCGCGCACUAUGCACUUCGGUGCAACUCAGCUUUUUUGGGAGUGCCAUCAGUGUAAAGCAAGUGAGUGCUACCCUACUGGUCUGCCUAACUGGGCAUUACCAUUCUGGUCAGAAGACGGAAGCACUUUGAAAAGCGAUAUCCGUCAUAUCCGGCAGCGAACCGCCAACCUGCCCUCUAACAGCUUCGAUACCAAGGAUUCGCCGCUGGUACAGUCUGAGGCUAUGCAUCCGACUGAGCUAUACCAUUCUUGGGGCGUCUUUCGGAUUUCGUACUCCAUGUGCGAUAUGACUAAAGAGGAGGACAAACUGGUCGCAAUACAGGGCAUAGCAAAAGGUAUGUAA